UGUCCCUUGGGGACUGCACUGUUCACACUCGUAGCUUUAAAGCUUUUGCUCUACUACAGUGUGCUCUCUUUCUCUCUCUCCCAACAAAAAGCAAAGUCUGUUUCUUGAGAAAAAUCUCAUUGCCCCUCUAAUUGCUGCUGAGCAAGGCUGAUAGGUGACACAUUGUAAUUGAGAAAUGAGAGGUCCUUUAGGGGCAGUAAUUGGAAGAUACCCAUCAAGUGAUGGAAGUACCCAAAUGGGUGGAAUCAUUAGGCACAACAGGAAAUGCAGGGAUAUUGUGUUUCUUGUGAUCUUUACAGCCUUCUGGGUUGCCAUGAUCGUCAACUCCAGCUUUGGAUUCAACCAAGGAAACCCAUUGAGGCUCACAUAUGGGCUGGACUACAAAGGAAAUGUGUGUGGACACAAGCAUGCAUAUCCUGGUCUUCGUGAACUGGAACUCAGAUAUUGGUUAAACCCUAACCAGGUUUACCAAAGUGGGUUGAAGGACAGCCAGUUCAAGUUAGUCAAUGCACGGAGUAUAUGCUUAUUGGAUUGCCCUAUCCCUUCUGAAGAUUCACUUAAUUGGGUAUGUGAUUAUCCAGAAGGAGAUAUCCAUCUUUCAAUGGAUGAUUGGAUUGAUCGAAAUUAUGAUUACUAUGAGUUCCUUACACCAGAAAUGAGAAAUACCUCUCUUCAACUUCAGGGUCCUUGUUACCCCGUAAUAUUUCCAAGUGUAAAUGUUUAUUGGAGCUGCCAAUUUAUUGCUCGUGCAUCAAACAUAUCUUUAAGGCAUUGGCAGCAAAUGGGUGGAGUAAACAUCAAUGAGGACAUUGUCAUAGAUAAAUCCAUCCACAGCUCCAUUAAUUCUCGGUCAUCUGUUUUAAAGAGAUACAUGGCUGAUAUUGGAAAGUCAUGGCCAGUGCUGAUUGUUUGUGGAGGAAUUGUGCCGCUCUUUUUAUCAGUGAUUUGGCUGCUAAUGAUUCGGCAUUUUGUUGCUGCAAUGCCUUGGAUAACUGUUGCCCUUUUUAAUAUUCUCAUAAUAUCAGUCACAAUGUUCUAUUACUUAAAAGCUGGAUGGAUUGGAAAUGAUGCCAUUACUCCCAUUAUUGGUGCACAUGAUCCAUAUGUUCAUGUAUCUGGAAGGGAGUUGCAUCAUCUCCGUGCGGUUGCUGUUCUUAUGACCUUUAUUAUGGUCGUUGCUGUUCUUACAUCAAUUGCUAUAGUCCGCCGUAUUCUUAUGGCCACAUCUGUCCUCAAGGUUGCUGCAAAGGUUAUUGGAGAAGUUCAGGCGCUCAUAAUAUUUCCAGUCAUACCAUAUACCAUCCUUGCAAUUUUCUAUAUGUUCUGGCUUUCAGCUGCUCUCCACCUGUUCAGUUCUGGUCAGGUCCUCCAGAAUGACUGUAAUUCCAACUGCUGUGCAUAUGAUCUUGUGUCUAAAAGGGUGAACUGUGAUCGUUGCUGCGGUUAUAGCAUUCAUUACACUCCUCAUAUUGGAGUUGCCAUUCUAUUUCACUUAUUUGGGUGUUAUUGGGCUACACAAUUUUUUAUAGCAUGCUCUUCAACUGUGAUUGCGGGUUCUGUUGCUUCCUAUUAUUGGGCUCGUGGUGAAACAUCGCCGGAAAUUCCAUUCCUUCCAGUCUUUUCCUCCAUGAAGCGGCUUAUCCGAUACAGCCUUGGGUCUGUUGCUCUUGGCUCCCUGAUUCUGUCAUUUGUGGAAUCAAUCCGUUUUAUGCUUGAGGCAAUUCGUCGGAAACUGAAAGUUGCUGGUACAGCCCCUGAUAACUGGUUUGGGAAGGUGGCAUUCCAUACUUCUAGGUUUUGCUUGAGAUGUAUUGAGUGGACAAUCAAAUCAGUGAACCGCAAUGCAUACAUAAUGAUUGCUAUAACAGGUAAAAGCUUCUGUAAGGCUUCUGCCAUCUCAACAGAAUUGAUCAUCAAUAACAUCCUUCGGAUAGGGAGGGUCAAUGUGAUUGGAGAUGUUAUCCUGUUCCUCGGAAAAUUAUGUGUUAGCCUUGCAAGUGCACUGUUUGCUUUCCUUAUGUUGGAUACACACAAAUACAAAUCUGCUCACAACAAGAUCUCAUCUCCUUUGUUUCCUGUAUUGGUUUGCUGGGGUCUUGGUUAUGUCGUUGCAACCCUUUUCUUUGCGGUGGUGGAGAUGUCAAUUGAUACUAUCAUUCUAUCCUUCUGCCAGGAUUCCGAAGAGCACCAAGGCACUGCUCAAUAUGCUCCUCCCCUUCUCAUUGAAACUCUAAAUGACCAAAAUGAGAUGCAGAGACUUACUCAGGGGCCUCAAUGAAAUUCCUCAGAGCAAGAGCAUAGUUUUCCUUUUCUAUAAGGUGUUUUUGUUCUUCUUUACCGUUCCCACCCUAGUCCUAAAUUUUUGAUUUGUAUUGUAUAUAUUUAAGUGCUAGGCAAAAAGCUAGAAAGAAAAGGGUGAAAUCAUAGUAUCUAAAUUUAUUGGGUGAGAGCAAGAAAAUAGUAGAAAAUGAUCGAUGAGAUUUUAUGAAUGGCUUUAACAUUUUUAUUUUC